AUGGCUGCAGCGGACGACCAGGUAACGUACGCCCUACCCAGUCUUGUGGAUUUGGCCUACUAUGCGUGUGACCGUGACCAGCGGAAACGGUACGACGAGCUGCCCGUCCCGGCCGUCGACUUACAGGAGUGUUGCGACUCGAUAUUGAAAAUAAUCAAGUUCAACUCGUUCGCCCAUCGUUUUCAACCCAAUGGCCAUAGGCGAUCAAUGUUCGCCAAAGUGCACCCCGACUACCGCCUGAUCAACAACAUAUUGGAGGUGGCCGCCUUCCACGGGCACAUCAACUGCAUGAAAUUGGGCCACGCUAUCGGCGUCCCGUGGUACACGUCGAGCAUGUGGCAGAAAUCGGCGUGCGACGAGGCUGCGGACACGGGCAACAUGGAGUGCCUGGUGUACGCGCACGUCAACGGCAGCCCGUGGAGCACGUGGACGUGCAACUUCGCCGCGGGCGGCGGCCACUUGGACUGUCUCAAGUACUGCCGGGAAAACGGAUGUCCUUGGGACGACUACACUUUCACGUGCGAAAUGGCCGCGUGCAAUGGCAAUCUGGAAUGUUUGAAGUACGCGAGAACAAACGGAUGCCCGUGGACCGAGAGAACUUGCAUUGUGGCCGCGUACUACGGGCACCUGGAAUGCCUUCGGUAUGCAUUCGAGAACGGCUGUAGAUGGGACAUAGACGGGUACUUGUCGACUUUCCAUGGCAUGAAAGAUCCGUCUUGCGUGAUGUACGCGAUCGAAUUAAAGUACAGACUGCCGCCAACGAUCGCAACUACUAGCUCGCCCGGUGAUCCUUAA